AUUUUUGUUUUGAGUCCGGAGAUCGGAACAAUUUUUGAGGCCCGAACCUGUUGCCGAUACUUCAUCGAGUGUGGGAAUUCCGAACGACCCCGCGGUGGGAUUCAGGAUGGCUGAAGGUGCGUGUGCAUCGAAAAAACUGCCAGUAUGCAUAAUAGUUCUUGGCAUGGCAGGUAGCGGCAAAACAAGUUGGGUACAACGAUUGGCGGCGCAUCUUUACGCGCAGAAAAAGCGGCCGUUCCUUGUCAAUUUAGAUCCAGCCUGCCACGAAGUCCCUUAUCCGGUGAACAUCGAUAUACGGGAUACUGUCAAGUACAAAAACGUCAUGAAGCAGUAUAAGCUGGGACCUAACGGCGCCAUCGUCACUUCGCUCAAUCUGUUCUCCACGCGCUUCGAUAAGAUGAUGAGCCUGCUACAGAAACGUGCCGACGAGCACGAAUACAUUAUAUUCGAUACACCGGGACAGAUUGAAGUCUUCACAUGGUCAGCGUCCGGGGACAUCAUCACGAAAGCUCUGGCUUCAGUAUUUCCGACUGUCGUCGUUUAUGUGAUGGACGUCGUACGCUCCACGAAACCGGUCACGUUCAUGUCGAAUAUGUUGUACGCUUGUUCGAUCCUAUACAAAACACGAUUGCCUUUUGUGAUCGCAAUGAACAAGAUCGACAUCGUCAAUCACAGUUACGCCCAGGAAUGGAUGAGAGACCCGGAAGCUUUCGAGGCAUCGCUCCGGAAUGAGACCUCCUAUAUCUCGACUCUGGCUUCAUCGUUGGGUCUGGUUCUGGAUGAGUUCUAUAAGAACAUCAAUUCAGUUGGCUGCUCCGCAGUGUCUGGACUGGGCUGCGAAGAGUUCCUCAGUGCAAUCGAUCGAGCGCGCAUUGAAUACGAAGAAGAGUACAGACCGGAAUACGAACGAAUGCUGCGGGAGGAGAACGAGCGGCUCGAGAAAGAGAAGAAAGUCGUCAUUCAGAAAAUGGCGCUCGGUGAGACAGUCAUCGGAGAUGUGGAGGACAUUCCUGCGAAAGAACCCGGAUCCGAAAUUCUCAUUCGGCCAAGCUACGGAGGGGAUCUCGAGGAACCAGACUCCGAAGAAGAAGUCGUCGUCAACGAAAAUGACGCGGACGACGAAGAGCAUAAAGAAUAUGAGUCCUUCAAGAGUUUUCUUAUGCGCGAAAAACAGAGAAGAGUGAAAAAGUCCCAAGAGGGCGACCCUGAUAAGACGUAGGGAGAGUCCCUUUCUUUUCACACGCUCCUGUACAUAUGAAUGCAAAUAUCUCUCGUUACUUUGUACCGGGCAGACGGAAUAUGAAACCUGUUUUCGGAAAAA